ACCUUCUAUAACACAGCUCUCCUAGUUGUGUAUUGCCCCAACCAGGACACUUGGGAGAGUCUAAAAGGCAAGGUCAGAUGGGACUCAAGGACAACCAGAAGAAACCAUUACUGUCCCAGGCAAACUAUGGAGUCCUGCCCAGCCCAGCAAGGCCCCAGCCAUGUCAACCAAGGAACAGAAAGACAUGGAGAGGCGGGCCAAGCGCCCAAGGGUUGAUCAGAUUCUCCCAUCAGAUGACUUCCAGAACCCAGAUGCAAUCACCCCCGCACACAAUCCAGCAGUUGACACCAGUGAGAUGGGCAGCUGCUCCUCAGGACCAGACGUGCAAGAGGCCAGGGAGCCUGUUCAGAAGAGGAUACCGGAUUUCAAAGGUGACGUUACUCGGAACCUUCUGGCAAAGAGGAAGCAGUUUGAAAAGGAUAUAAAUGCCUCUUUCAGCAGCCUGAAUGAAAACCUCCAGAGUAUUUUCAAAACCCAACAGAAGUCAAGGCAGGAGCUUCACUCCAUGCACUCCCAGAUGUUUGAGUGUCUGUACCACAAGUGGCUGGACGAGGUGGGGAGAGCAAGGGAGCAAGAAGAACACCUUACUCUUAUAGCUCAGCAGCAGGUGAAGAUUUUACAGAAAGCCAUAGAGGAUCAUGAAACGAGGAUUGAAAACGCUAAAGAUUUAUGUGGCACAUUUUUGAAGAAAGCCAAGGACUUGAGUGGACAUCGCAAAGCUUUUAUUGGUGGUGAAGAAAGUGAAGUGAAGAAAGAAAUCUCCAAGGCGCAGGACAGAGUUAUCAUGGAAACUCAAGAGCAAGAUGUGUCUGUUGUUGAAACGUACCUUCAAUCCCUGGUCCUUGACCACUCUGAAGAAACCAUCUGAAGCUCACGUAGAGGACGCACAGGCAGCAUUAGCCCUGCUAAGAGGCCCUUAGUAGCAGUCAGUGCAGCUGCUCUCUCUCUACUCUCUUUGCUUUCUGUUAACCAUUAAGUGAACCCCCAACAGUUCUGUGGGUAGCAACAGUUAAGUGUGGGUCCUCCAGCCCCUGACAGCAAGGGAGAGACUUUCUCCCCAGCACUGGCAGUUACAUUUUGCAAGAAAAUGUCAUUUGAUUUUACAACUGGCUUCUUUGGUUCCCUGUCACUUCCCCAAAGUGAAUGUUACCUCUCUUAUUUCAGGAAGAAAUAAAUAACGGUGGGAUCCAUUUUUCUGUGCAUGCUUUCAUUUAUCCAGGAGGGCACAGAGCCAGUUCCACUGCAAAUGGGCCUUUACAGGAAAACCAACCCAACACGUUCACUCAGACUUACUGAGCACAACCCAUGUUUUCCUGCCCAGAUGUGCUAAACUGUUGACAGCAUUCCCACAGCAGAGCCAGAUCUUAACGUGUUGGGUGUGAGCUUGCAGUGGGGCUGUGGCAUGUCCCAAAGACUCGUUUCUAGGCUGUAUUCAACACUGGUUGGAACACACCUCCCCUUAUCUUUGGUCACAAACAUUUUAUCGAUGAAUAUCUGCAUAAGCAUUUGCAGCUUC